UUGUUCAGGCGCAGCCUCCAUACACUUGCGACCAAUGCCCAUUUGAGUCCAAAGAUAGUCUACAAGAACUGCUUGCUCAUCGCUUGUCACACAGUACGUUUUUCGCGUGAAGUCAAUUCGAGCAAUCAUAUAAUUUUGACGUUUUCAGCAUCUGAAAGAUUCUUCAAAUGUCUUGAAUGUGGCUUCCGAGCUAGAUCCCGCACUCAGUUGUGGGCGCAUGAAAGAAUGCAUAGCAGCUUAGAUGAGCGACCCUUGCAUUGUGAGGAAUGUGGACGAGGAUUUAAUACGCAUACUGCUUUGGAAAUGCAUUUUUCUACCCACGAUGAACCAAGGUCCUUCAUCUGCGAGGAUUGCGGAUUUGCUACUGCUAACUCUGAUCACAUGACUACACAUCGGAGACAGCAUACAGGAGAUAUGUUCUACUGUCACAUUGAAGGAUGUGAUUACUCAUCACCGAAAAAGAGUCAGUUGGCUGCCCAUCUUCGGACGCAUAUGGCUGUGAGAGCUCACAUGUGUAAGAUUUGUGGCAGAGGUUUUAUCGAGAAGUCUCAUUUGGUUCGGCAUGAACGCAUUCAUCUAGAGGAUAAGCCAUUCAAAUGUGAUGCAUGUGAUUACGCAUCAAGUCGUCGGGAUAAGCUUAAGGAGCAUAUUCUCAAGCAUCACAAUGGAACGGCAGCGAACAAAUCUCAGCGGCGUCGUUAUCGCCGCGCGAAACAAUUGGCUGCACUCGCUGCACAAUUACAAGAUCGAGCAGCACCCCCUGAAGCCAUGUUUCGUCCAAUACCGGCAAAUGAGUCGGUGUCACAAUGGGCAGAAUCGCAGACAUUCCAGGUAACUUCACAAUCAACGCCCUUAUUCGUUCAAAGGUUGUGUUAA